ACACACACACACACACACACACACACACACACACACAUUUUCACCUCGCAGCUCAGGCAGGGAGAAAGUGUGUGAGGAGGUGUGUGUCACAGAGAAAGUGAGACGAUUCCUGAGGAGACCCUGGUCCCGGAACACGGAGGUGAACAUGUGGAACGUUUAGUUCCUUAAAGACUUGAAACGUUUCCAGGAUGAGGGGGAAUUCUACGCCCAGCGUGAUGGACCCUCAUGGCGGCCCUUACCUGAACAGAAAUGCCCUCUGCUCUGCUCUGGGAGCAGCUCGCCUCUGUCAGAUCACUAUGGGUUGUGCUGUGGUUGCCAUGGUAACCCACAAAGCUGGGUUCAGUGGUUCUCAGGGUGCCUUCUGCAUGGCAGCGUGGUGCUGUUGCUUCUCCAUGUCCACGGUGGUGUUCUUCCUGGAUGCCACUCGUCUCUACAGCUGCCUGCGUGUGUCCUGGGACAACCUCACCGUCACGUGCGCCGCCUGCGCCACGCUCAUGUACAUGACCGCUUCGGUGGUCUACCCACUCUUCUUCGUCCGAUCUGAGUGCCCCUAUGAAGGCUGUGAUGUUCGAGAUUUUCGCAUCGCCGUCACUGUCUGCUCCAUCCUGGGCACCCUGGCCUACGGUGCUGAGGUGGCUCUGUGUCGGGCCAGACCAGGACAGAUCGUGGUGGGCUACAUGGCCACUGUCCCCGGCCUUCUCAAAGUAGUCCAGGCCUUCGUGGCUUGCAUCAUCUUUGGAGCCCUGGCCAAUGGGAGUCAGUACUCACUCUACGGUGCUACCAUCUACUGCGUGGUGGUCUAUGCUUCCUGCUUCGCUCUGACGGUUCUGGUGGUCAUUUUGACCGUGUGUAAACGUACCAAGCCUGUGCACUGCAUGCCCUUUGACCGCUUUGUGGUGGUGUGCACUCUCCUGGAGGUUCUGCUCUACCUGAGCGCCUCAGUGGUGUGGCCAGUGUUCUGCUUUGACACCAAGUAUGGCUCCCCAUGGAGACCGUCCUCAUGUCCCCGGGGGAAGUGUCCCUGGGACAGCAAAGUGGUGGUGGCAGUCUUUUCCUGCAUAAACUUUGGACUCUAUCUGACAGACCUGAUUUACUCUCAGAGAGUAAAGUUUGUCUCCUCCAGCUCACGGGUGUAGGGCCGCUGACGCCACUGCUUUGUGAGUUUAUUUGAUGUCUCAGAUGCAGAAAAGACUUCGAUCUGAACUUUGUUUUGUGCACAAGACUGCAGAGAUUGGUGAAAUCACAACAGUUAUUUACAACUUUGUGUACAAGACUUUGUAUUUUUAUGAAGCUGAAUGACGAUGACAUAAUUCAGCUAAACCGGUCUGGAAACCUUUCUAUGAAACUAAAUAUAAGGACUUUCUGUUUUUGCAUAUUAAAACAGGUUUUCAUAUAAAAAUGCUUUUUAUGAAUAUGAAUACAAACAACAGCAAUUUGUUUCGCUUGAUGUCAAAAUGAAAAACAAAAUUAAUAUUUGAAAUUAGGGAUGCAACGAUACCACUAUUUUCAAACCGAUAUGAUACCGAUACUUGGAUCUGAGUACUCGCCGAUACGAUUACCGAUAUCGAUACUUCUGCCACACAAAAACGGCUAUGAAUUGGAAUACAGGUUUUAUUUUCUUCUCUGCUUUCAACAGGAAGAGACGGUGAGAUAGAUAAAAUAAAAUAUAUUAAUAUAAAUGAUCACAAUAUUUCAAGCAACUGCAUCGGUAUCGGUUAACUUUUACCGAUACCGAUGCUGGAAUCGGUGCAUCCCUGUUUGAAAUAUUUGUUCUCACACAAUAAAUAUUAAACUUUCACUCCUGCUGAGAUGCCCCACCCCCCACCCCCACUGAAGCACCUGACUCUCCGCCACGCCGACCUUUCACCGACCCUGAGAUCUCGACCCGCAGGAGGACACCUAACUCAUAGCUGCAGCUUAGAAUAAUUAAAAAUCUGCUGUGGCAUCCCUGCCGUCUGCCGGACCCCACACCCAGCAUUUCUGAGACAGAAAUAAACACUUAUGCUGAAGCUGCCAUCUAGAAGAUGACACUGCUGGAUGACAGCUCUCUAGUGUUCAGAUAUCCUGCAGUUUGAGCUGCAAUAUUUGAACAAUAACAAAAUAAACUUUUGCACAACCUGAA